AGACGUUAAAGACGUUUCUUAACACGCAACCCUCACACUCUCUCUAUCUUUCAAUAUAUAUACGUCCAUUACCUCCUUGUUAACUUACAAAUCCCUAAAUUAAUUUCAUAUACUUAAGAAUCUAAUCAACUGUUCCACUUUUCCCUCCUCAUGCGAGUUUGAUUCUUGCAGUGUUCAUAAUUACAAUUAAGAUAAAAUGGCUCUAUUCAGAGGGCAUUCAGCUGCACUCAUUGGAACUGUGGAAGUCACGUGCUACCAUAAUAAUUUGCCAACAACACUGAUAAAACCAAGUUGCUUGCCCCAAAUGCGGACAACCUUUGACUCAUUUUGGAGACGAAGAUCACAAAUCAAGUGCUCAUUGUCUAGAGAAGCUCUACCUCCACUGGAAUUCGAAGAGGAUGCUAGUGUGUCUACAUCUGAUUCUUUGGAGGGAGAAGAAUUCAGCCAUGUCAUGAAGUUUAAGUCUUCUGAUUUCAAGAUCAGUGAUCGGGUUAGCAUUGGCCUAGGUGGACGGGGGGACGAGGCUGUUUUUGAAGCAAUAAUCAAGGAUGCUGAUAGCCCUUUGCAUAACACGAGAGUGGUGCUUCGACGACUUACUAGUGCUCAAGCACAACGCAGAGGAAAACGUGCUAUACAGGUGUUAAAGAAACUGGCUCGUCGUAAACUGAUGUACCAUUCUUAUUCAAUGCAAGUUCAUGGCUACGUGUGUUCCCCAGCAAUGGAGCAUGAAGGCUCAUUUACACUUGUUCAUGGGUAUCAUGGUAGUUUUUCUUUGAGGCACUGGCUUCGACAGACGGAUUGGCUCCCGACAUUAGAAGCUACUCUUGCUUUAGAUGAAGAAUCUGUGAGAAGGGUGGGUGAUGAUACAGUUGGUGGCCCUGCUGUCUCCCGCCAGCUGCGUGUUACCAGAAUUGUGAUGAGAGAUCUACUGAUUGGAGUAAAUUACUUACAUAGUCACGGACUCGCCCAUACAGAGUUGAGAUUGGAGAAUGUUCACAUAAGUCCAGUUGAUAGACAUAUUAAAGUAGGAAUAUUUGGAAAUGCUGCUGACUUUUUAGAGGAUGGUCCAAAUAACAUGGACAGGCAACAAAUGAUGAUUGCAUUUGACAUGAGAUGUCUUGGAUUCAUCAUGGUAAAGAUGGUAUUGCGGGAACUUAUGGAUCCGAUUAUCUUCACGAAGUUCAAAGCAUUCCUCAACAAGGGAAAUGAUCCUUCCUGCUUGCGUGAGUUCCUACUAAGAACUUUGAACAAGAAUUCAUCACAUGGAAAUGUUGGACUGCAAAUGCUGGAUAGGAACUGGGGUGCGGGCUGGCACCUGCUAUCAUUGCUUCUUGCAGCUAAACCUCUCGAUAGAAUAAGAUGUUUAGAUGCUCUGAGGCACCCAUUUCUGUGUGGACCGAGAUGGCGGGUAAACCCAUCUAUGGACAUCAUCAGAUGGAGCUUGGGAUCAACUGCAGUUAGAAUUACUGAGGAGUACAUAUAUGGCCAGCAACAGCGGAUCAGGCUUGCUCACUUCCUCGAGUUAAUGGAGAUGUUGAAUCCUUAUUCGAAGCCAAAGAACUGGCUUGGGUUGCUACCUGGAAGAUGGAGAUUGGUGUACUGCACCGGGCGGCACAUAGGGUUAACGACUCGCCAGCCACCUUCACGUGUGCUCAUCGGCAAUGUGCACCUUACAAUAACCGAACCAUCAAAACCGAAAUCAGCAUUUUCAUUCACCUCCGACAUCGGCUUCCAGGUCCUAGUCGGCAAGGAGUGGCCGCACAAUAAAGUUGGCAUCGACGGAAAACUUAAAGUAACAUCCGCAUUCCGAUUAACCACAGGAGAACGACUUUACACAAAAGAAGAAAAGGGUACCGGAAAUCUCCCAUCAGUUGCAACCAACGCCCAAGAUUCAGCGAUCAAGAAACUCUCUGGUAAAAAAUGGAGAAAAGCACUACGUCAUCGAGAGUUACCCUCGAGUCUACCGGUGGCCAAACUGGUGUCAAGUGAAAUUGACGUGACCCUAGCAUUAAACGAGCCAUUGACCAAAGACAUUGACUCUGCGCAGGUUGCCAUUAAUGAAGUUCGGAUGCAAAUUCCACCUGAAAUGUUUGAUUUGUCGAAGAUUAUUUGCAGCACGUACAUAGAUUCGAGGAUGCUGGUUGUUCGUGGUGUCAAUGGCUCGGCGCUCUUGUUUACACGGGCGUGUAGCAUCGAAUAAUGUGGAUGUUGUGAUAUAUCGUAUUUGUGGUAGAUUGUACAUACGUAGACAUUACCGAUAACGAUGUGUUUUUAUUUUUUUUAAAAAAGUAAUGGAGUCAGAUGUAUAGUGUUAAUAAUUGUAGACGUUCGAAUGUUAAUAGGAAUCGUAAAAAUCAC